AUGGAAAAUGGAGGCAUCGUCUUUUCCCAGGGAGAACUUUGGAAAGAACAACGACGUGUUUCGCUUCACAUACUUCGUGACUUUGGAAUGGGAAAGAGCGCAAUGGAAGAGCAGGGUUUGAUCUUUACUGUCUCGCUAACAGCUCACGCGGUGUCCUCAACCUCGAUAUUUAUAUUCGGCAGGGGAAGGGAGUGA